CUGCACCUGGGCACCCCACAGCUCACAUGAGCGCGCGCCUCGACGCGACACACAGCCACCACCUCCCAGCUGCGACUACAUAAUUUCGUCACUCGUCAUCACCCUUCGGCGCACCUGGGACUAUGUCGGAGAGCAACCCUGCUUAGUAAGUGGUCUUGGCAGUCGCGCCUGCCUCAAGCGUCAUAUCUACCAGCGCCACCUGCAGCUGCCUUUCAUUCAUCCUCACUCUCUCCCGCCCGCUCCGCUCUCGCAAUUCCCACUGCGCCGCUGCACUGCGACUCCUGCCCGACGACGUAUUGCUACCGCAGCCUCGAGUAGCACGGCGCGCAAGAGCGCUCCGCCUAGCGACCUUCCGCUCGACGCAUCGACAUGCCCCCCAAGAAGCGCAAAGCCGACGCCGCCGACGCCGAGGUGGACGGGCAAGAGUGGUCUGGCGGAGAGCUGAGUGAUGCCGAAACCUUCAAGCGGCUCGAGAACAAGUUUUCUCUCGUCGGACAUCAAAAGCCUCGACACCAGACAGACGGUGCCUCGGGACUCUUUCAAAAUGAUCAGGCCUCCCAGCCUCUCAAGCCAGACCACGCCAGCCGCCCCAUGUGGGUGGUCGAGGACGGCAAGAUCAUUCUAGAGUCGUUCAGCCCUCUGUUCCCCGAGGCGCAAGACUUCCUGAUCAAUAUCGCUGAACCCAUCUCGCGUGUCUCGAGGAUGCACGAGUACGCCUUGACUGCCCACAGCCUCUUUGCCGCAGUCUCUGUCGGCCAUACCCCCGACGAGAUCAUCAACAGACUCGAGAAGUAUUCCAAAGCUGUCCUCAAUUCUAGCGUAGUCAGCUUCAUCAAGAAGUCUUCUGCCGCCUACGGAAAAGCCAAAAUUGUUUUGAAAAAGACCCUUUCCUACAUCGAGAGUGAUGACCCUGCGUUGUUGCGCCAGCUGCUGCAGGACCCCGUCAUAUCACAAAGUUUAGCCGACAGCAGCGCCACAUUGAUCACCGAAGCGGCUCCAAAAUUCGGCCAGAUGAUGAUUCCGGGCACCAAGAUGGCUGCUGGUGCCAACCAGAUUGCGCAACCCGAGAUCGCUGCUGAAGAGCCGGAAGAGCCCAACAAAAUAAUCGCUGCACUUAGAGAAGAUGACGAAGAGGAGGAAGAGGCCAAAGUGCAUUCUUUUCAGAUCAGAAGUGAGACACGCGAGGCUGUAAUCAAGCAGUGUUGGGAGAUCGGCUAUCCAUUGACCCAGGAAUAUGACUUCAAUAAUGACCAAGUGAAUGCAAACCUUGACAUCGAUCUAAAGCCACACGCGCAGAUCCGAUACUACCAGGAGAAGGCACUGAGUAAGAUGUUCUCCAACUCGCGAGCCCGAUCCGGCGUCAUAGUUCUCCCGUGCGGUGCUGGCAAGACGCUAGUGGGCAUCACAGCUGCCUGCGGAGUUAAAAAGUCUUGCAUAGUUCUAUGUAACAGCACCAUGUCCGCAAUACAGUGGAGAACAGAGUUUAUCAACUGGAGCAACAUCAACCCCGACGACAUUGCCGUUUUAACUUCCAUGGAGAAGAACGUCUUCCCCAGGUCUGCUGGAGUUUUGGUGACGACCUACCACAUGCUCGCUGCAUCUGGGAAACGGGCGCACGAUACUGCUGCCGCUCUCAAAUUCAUUCAAGAGCGAGAGUGGGGCUUGCUCAUCGCCGAUGAAGUUCACAUAAUUCCUGCGGCAAUGUUUAAGAAGGUCACUUAUUCAGUGGCAUCGCACUGCAAGCUAGGACUGACAGCAACAUUGCUUCGAGAAGACGACAAGAUAGGGACCUUGAACUUUCUAGUGGGACCAAAGCUCUACGAAGCGAACUGGCAAGAACUUUCCCAACAAGGCCACAUAGCCAAGGUGCAAUGCGCUGAGGUCUGGUGUAGAAUGGCCCCGGAAUUCUAUCGAGAAUGGCUGAACACGACAGGGUCUAACAGCCCCAAAAAGCAGCUGCUUGCUGUCCUUAAUCCAUACAAAUUCCAAGCCUGUCAAUUUCUCAUUGAUUAUCACCACAAGCGUGGCGACAAGACCAUUGUCUUUUCUGACAAUGUGUACGCGCUCACGAAGUACUCUAACAAACUGGAGUGCGCCCAGAUCCACGGUGGCACCCCACAACAUGAGCGACAACUUGUCCUAGACAAUUUCCGGAACAACCCGGCGAUCCAUACUAUAUUCCUGUCGAAAAUCGGUGACACCAGUCUCGACCUACCCGAAGCAACAUGUCUCAUCCAAAUCAGCUCUCAUUACGGGUCUCGCCGUCAAGAGGCACAAAGACUCGGAAGAAUCCUUCGGGCGAAGCGGCGUAAUGACGAAGGCUUCAACGCUUUCUUCUACUCAUUGGUCUCCAAGGACACAGAUGAGAUGACAUACGCUGCUCGACGGCAGUCAUUCCUUGUCGAUCAAGGGUACGCUUUCAAAAUCAUCACCAGAUUGGAGGGUAUUGAGGACCGCACCGACUUAUAUUUCCGGACUUUGACCGAUCGAAAAGAAUUGCUGACCGAGGUCUGUCUCGCAAAGGAAUCUGACGCCGCAGAGGAGCAGAUCGCAGGCGACACGUUCUCCAUGAACCUCAACAAGCGCAAGAAAGGCGGCGCACGCCGCACUGCAGGCACGUUAGCCGACCUCUCCGGAGGUGCGGGCAUGUCAUAUAUCGAGUACAACAAGACGAAGAAUAAGGAGCUCUCCAAGAGCAAGGGCGUCAAGAACAACUUCAUCCGCAAGCUAAAUAGCAGCCAUACGAACGCUAAGAAGAGGAAGGCUGCUGGACAAUAAGCGACCAACGGCAAUGAGAUGUUGAAGUCUAUGCUUGAGCAG